AUGUGCUAAGAUUAAAAUAUUAAUCAAUUUGAAGGAUGUUUUGCUUUACAGGUUAGUUGUGUUGAAGGAUGUAGAAAUUGUAUAUAGGGAAUCUGUUUUGAAUGUUAAGAUGGAUGGGAAUAUAUAUAAUUAAUAUAAAAUUGUGUUCCUUUAUGUUGGGACUUAAUGAUAAAUUAACAUGAAGAAUUUGAUGAUGGGAAUUUAAUUCCUUAUGAUGAAUGUGAUCUUUGUAAAUUUUAAUGUAGUUAAGAUUGUUUAAAUUGCUUAUUUGGUUAAUGUUUAGAAUAUUAGCAAUCAACAAGAUAGAUUUAAAGUGAUUGUAUCUUUGAUCCCUAUUUUAUCAAUUAUAUUGAUUAAAGUUAUUAUGAUAACUUUUUGAGUUAAAGAUAAUCUAGAUAAACUAUGAUAUUAAAUUAGUAUUGCAACAUUAAAGAGCUUGGGAUAUUUGGAUUCAAUAAGUAAAACAGCAUUAGGAUUUAAUACUGCGAUUAACAAUUAUUGGGUUAAUAUUUGAAAUGUUAACUAUUUUUUCAAUUGAGUUUGAGUUUGAAUAACUAAUAAUGCAUACCUUAUUGUAAUGAUGGGAUCACAAUAUUGGAUGAGAUUUGUGAUGAUAUAAAUAACAUUCAAUUGAUGGUUGUUAUAAAUGUUAAGAAAGUUGUUAGCUAGAAUGCUAAACAUGUAUACAAGCUAAGUGUUAUGGAUGUCAAGAUGGUUGGAAACUUUUGGAUUAUAGAUGCUUUUAUAUGUGUGGAGAUAAUCAAGUUGCUUAACUAUCCCUGA